AUGUUCGUACUAGAAUACAAAAAAAGGUCCGAUUUAGGUGGCCGUUUCAAAAAAGAAGUGGUACUUGAUGGCCAGAGCUAUUUGUUGCUAAUACGAGACGAAGGAAGCGUUGCACCUGAUUAUCAGUUUACGCAGUGGCUGGACGCGGUCAUCUUUGUCUUCUCAUUGGAAAGUCAGGAAAGUAUCGAAACGGCUCUGCAUUACUACGAACAAAUGUCCAAAUACCGUAAUAUCAGUGAAGUACCGGUUCUUAUGGUCGGCAUGCAGGAUGCGGUGACAGAGUCGAAUCCGCGAGUAAUCACCGAACAGGAAGGUCGGCAAAUGGCCAAAAGCCUACCAAAAUGCUCCGGCUACUAUGAAGCAUGCUCAACUUAUGGCCUGAACGUUGAUCGAUUAUUCAAAGACAGUAAGUACUUCAUUACUUGA